CUUAUAUAACGAAUCAAAAGUGAACGACUUCUUGAUCUGUUAAACUGAGCCACUAGAACAUUUGAAGCCUUUUCACUCCCGCGGGGGUAAACUGCCUACUUUUGCAUGCUUUUACGUCAAAAAUCGUAACUCUGUUUUUUCUCAAUCAAUCUACAAGCAAAGAGUAUUAAAAUAUGCCUCGGUUUUCAACACUUUUUGCUGGAAUAACGCUUGUUACAGUCCUUACUUAUCAAUCACGUAUAAACUUAAUCAGCAAUACAGCUGAUGUGCAGAAAGAAGUGGAUGAGGUGAAAAACAAAGUAGAUCGCAUGGCGUCUACCGAUGACGACACAAAUCAACCGACGCGGCUUACUCUACGUCGUCCUACCACGGCUGUUGAGAAUGCAAUGGAUGAUGCAACAAAAUACUACAAGAACCGUUUUGUACCUUCAGUGAAAGAAAGUUGGAAUGCACAAGUGCUCUCUGUUACUAGGGCCAUGAUACACUUCAAUCUGCCUGCACGAUGUAAGAGAAUGAUUGUUCAAAAUAUCUUUGGCACAAGCUCCUGACGAUAACAUCAUGGCAAU